AUGCAUGUCGCGGCAACAAUCCCAUUGUUUUUACAGUCACUACAAGCUCGCCGUUCGGAUGUCCCGCUUGGUAUGGAGCCAUGGGGCCGGUUGUUUCCAAGCUGCUCAAAAAUCGGUGAUUCUCAAACCUAUUCUAACAAUCGACACCCACCAAUAAUGAAUCCCACAACAGAUUGCAAUCCCAUUGUACGCUCCAAGGAGAAACUCGUUCGACAUACGUCGAAAGUCAGAUUCCUCAAUCUCAGCAACGAUGGCUCUUUCUUGUUGAGCGCAGUCAUUGUUUGGAACUUGAAGCGCGGUCUGCAUCAGGCCAUCAACCCAUCCAAUGGACUGGUUACAGCCCUUGCCUGGAUUCCUAUUGGCGCCGAUGUAAAUGGUGCAUUCGCCUUCGGUUGUCGGGAUGGUGUUAUUCACCUGUAUUGCCGUACAGGAAACAAGGAUUCAUUUACCUAUUCUGCUUCGGUGCAUCUCGAGGAUGGCUCUGUCAAACAUCUAGGGUUCAACUCAAACCUCUUGUGCGUUGUUGGGGUAGGUGUGACCGCUGAACGCGCUCAUUUCUGGCGGAUUGAUGGGAAAGGUCAUCUCAUCGCUGUACCUCAACCCGAAGAUGAGCCCGCUUUUGUAGAUGGUUUCCCAAAAUAUGUGUUCCGUCCAGAAAUUGCUUUUCGUUAUGCUAAUGGGGACCAUAUUCUUAUCAAGCCCUCAAUUGAACUUGGAGCCAUUGAUUUGAAUCGAUGGGCUACACGUGCACCCGGCCUUAUCUAUGCUAUCCACUCCGUUUUUCACGCUCAGAAAGUCCAUGAGUUCGCUGGGCUUGUCUUUGCAGUCGUGAAGCUCAUUUUCGCCAUCAUGGUUAUUCUCGCCCUCUUUGCUAUCAACAUUUAUAUCUUUCUCAUUUACAAAUCGUCGUUGUACUACGAUUCAUUUUUGCGCUCUGAUUGA